AAUGAACCUAAAUUUCUUUAAAUUUUUAACUUUUUAAGGUAUUUCAUCAUUAAUAACCCAAAGCUAACUUUUAUCAGAAACAUCAUCUAAAGAAUUCGAAAAAGGAAAAACAUUCAAUUUAGUUCCCAUAAUAAUUACGCAAUCAGCUUAUUUUAUUAAACUUCUCGAUUUUUUAAAAUCUUCAGGCAGUUUUUCACCAAAUAAGACUAUUUUUGGUUUAAUAUAUCCCUAGCAAUAUAUACAUUAAGAUAUUUCGUUAUUUAAGCAUUUUUCUCUGAAAAAUUAUAUAGGGUAUUCUUUAUUACAUUAAAUGCAAUGGCUUUCUCGAAUAUGGCCAUGAGCUUGUAUUAUUUUUUAUUGAGGAAUACCGACUUUUAAUUCUAGUCCGUCUACAUUUUGAGACAUAGUAAGUAAUAAUUGGUUUUUUUAAUAUAGUUUAUGGAUGAAUUUAUGGGCGAAUGUGGGAAAAAUCUCGUUUUUGAAAAAAAACUGCAUUAUUUUGGUAAAUGGAAGUGGAUUUUAUUUAAAAUAUUAUAUAUUAAAUAUCUGUUGGGGAUUUUCUAUAUUAUAUUCUUUCUAUAUUAAGGAAUAUAAACCGGUUUACGGGGUCCGAAAAUCUGGAAGACCAGCCCCUACGCUUA